GGAAAGUAAUUAAAUUAAUGUAGAAACUAUUUUCAUAUUUAGCAACAAAUCAGGCAAAAUGUACGAUUGAAAAUUUACUCUAAAGUUUCCUUAUAUUUAUUAUUUCAUUUCCUUUCCAACAACCAAACAUUAUAAAAAUAUCAAGUCAAUAAAAAGAAUUAUUUUUUCCAAAAAGAAUAACAAAAAAAGCAUGUUGUGGUAAAAGAAUAGACAUAAAAUAGAAGAGUUGAAUUUCCUAUAAAAAGGCAAAUUAGUUGAGAGACAACAUUAUAAACGAGUAAACCGAAAGAGCAAAAAAAAGAGAGAAAACCAAAGAAAAAAGGGAGAAAAAAAAAAUAGAAAUGGAAAACGGUGGAACAAACGUUAAUGGUGUGAACAAAACAUGGAGAUUCAAAGGAAAAGAAGAUGGUCACAACAAUGGGGGGUGCACAGUAAUAGCAAAAGCCGAAAAUACGAAUACAAAUGGUACGAAAAAUACGAGUAGAGGUGUUACGGUUAGAGAAGCUAGGACUAUGAUUAUGGAAAAUUUAAACCCUCAUGAUGAAAGGCCAAUGCUUGCUCUUGCUCAUGGUGAUCCUUCUAUUUUUCCCUGUUUUCGGACUUGUCGAAAUGCCGAGGCCGCCGUUGUUGACGCUCUUAGCUCCGGUCAGUUUAAUUCCUAUGGCACCGCCGUUGGCCUCCUUCCUGCUAGAAAGGCUGUGGCAGAGUACCUUUCUCGUGAACUUCCCUAUGAUCUUUCCGCAAAUGAUGUAGUCCUUACACUAGGUUGUACUCAAGCAAUUGAUAUUGCACUUACUUCACUUGCUUCUCCUGGUGCUAAUGUAUUGCUACCUAGACCCGGCUACCCGUACUACGAAGUUUUUUCAGCUCAUAUCGGACUUGAAACACGUCACUUUGAUCUUGUCCCGAAGAAUGGUUGGGAAGUUGAUCUUGAUGCUAUUGAAGCUCUAGCCGAUGCCAAUACCGUGGCUAUGGUUAUUGUAAACCCCGGAAACCCUUGUGGUAACGUUUUCACGUAUAACCAUUUACAAAAGGUGGCAGAGGUUGCGAAAAAACUUGGGAUUUUGGUGAUUAGUGAUGAAGUUUAUGGUCACCUUACCUUUGGAAGCAACCCAUUUGUACCAAUGGGUGUGUUUGGAAACAUUGUUCCAGUCAUUACUGUUGGGUCGUUAUCCAAGCGAUGGAUUGUUCCUGGUUGGCGCCUUGGUUGGCUUGUCACAAAUGAUACUCAUGGCAUCUUGCAAAAAUAUGGGGUCAUGGAGAGCAUUAAGCGUAUUGCAAGCAUAUCUGCUGACCCUGCUUCCUUCAUUCAGGGGGCAGUUCCUCAAAUUCUUGAAAAUACAAGCAAGGAAUUCUUUUCAAGAGUCAUCAACAUUCUAAAGAAUGAUGCAGAUAUCUGCUAUGAGAAAGUUCAAGAGAUUCCAUGCCUCAUUUGCCCAUAUAAACCAGAAGGAUCCAUGUUUGUGAUGGUCAAACUAGAUUUGUCUCAAUUAGAUGGAAUUAUUGACGACAUUGAUUUUUGCAUUAAGCUUGCCAAAGAGGAGAAGAUGAUCAUCCUACCAGGUGUGACAAUGGGAGCAAAGAAUUGGUUGCGCAUAACUUUUGCGUUGGAGCCAACAGCUCUUGAAGAUGGACUUGAGAGAUUGAAAGCAUUUUGUCAAAGACAUGCUACAACAAACAAAUAACUUUGGUUUUCCUAAAUUUUCCUUUUUAGGAAGAGUGACAAAACAAUUAAUUGUUAGGUAUGGAUGAGAUGUUUCCUUUGCGCCUAGGUUAAUCAUUAUCUUUCCUACUUUCUUACGUACCAUUCUUAAAAAGUGGUUGUUUGGCAUUUAAAUUAGUUUGAAUAUGGGUGUUUAGACUCUUGGAAGAUUUUCUUGAUCUUCAUUUUGUAUGUAAUCGAUAAUUUUAAUUUAGAUGUUCCCUGUUAUCUUCCUUUUGAUUUAUGUUGAGGAUAAUGUGUUAUGGAAAUAUAAAGCAACUUAUCUUCAUUUUGA